AUAAAAUGGCAAUUAUUUCAUCACUUUUACCAUCAAGUAGUAAAAACCCGAAAAGAAUAGAAUAAAAAAACAAGGAACCCAAAAAUCUCUCUUUUUGUCAAACUCUCUCAAUGGCUUAUCCCCUCCUUGCUUCAGUCCCUAUAUGCAAUUUCACUAGAUUAAGAACAUCUAUGCCUCCGAUCUCACUACCAAAAUCAACAACUACUAGACUAGUUGUUCGUGCAAAGCAAAUUAGCACUACUAGUACUAGUGCCAAUACUAGUACUACUAUCUACAAAUCAGACCCUGACAUUGCUCGACGAUCUGGAGACUAUAAACCAGCAAUUUGGAACUUUGAUCACAUCCAGUCACUGAGCAGCGAUUACGCGGGAGAACCAUAUGCUAGACUUGUGGAUAUGCUCAAGGAAGAAGUGAGAGUGAUGCUUCAGGAGGCGGAUUGUUUAGCUCAAUUGGAGCUCAUCGACAUGUUGCAAAAGCUUGGUGUGUCUUAUCACUUUGAGGAUCAAAUUCAGAGUAUAUUGAAGGACAUGUUCAACAAUAUUAUGUACACCAAUAAAAACAAGGACAUGAUGAAUAAUAAUUUAUAUGCCACGGCUCUUCAAUUGAGGCUGCUUAGACAACACGGCUAUUGGUUACCUCAAGAGGUUUUCAAUGGUUUCAAGGACAAGACAGGGAAUUUCAAGGCAAGUUUAGGUGAGGAUACAGAGGGAAUGCUGGCUUUGUACCAAGCUUCAUACUAUUUGAUACAAGGUGAAGAUAUUUUGGAGGAGGCGAAAGAUUUUGCAACCAAACAUCUCCAAGAAUACAUGCAAAGACCGAACAAGGAUCAAACUCUGUCCCAACUUAUCAGCCAUGCAUUGGAGCUUCCACUGCACUGGAGGGUCCCAAGGUUCGAGACCAGGUGGUUCAUUCAAGUUUAUGAAAAGAAACAAGGCAUGAAUCCCUUCUUGAUUGAGCUUGCUAAAUUGGAUUUCAACAUCCUGCAAUCCAUUUACCAAGAGGAUAUGAAAUAUGCCUUCAGGUGGUGGAAAAACAGUAAACUUGUGGAGAAUUUAAGCUAUGCGAGAGAUAGAAUGAUGGUGAGCUUCUUGUGGACGGUGGGAGUAACAUUCGAGCCAGAGCUGGGAUAUUGUAGGAAACUGUCUGCCAUUGUUAAUGCAAUGAUUACUGUCAUUGAUGAUACAUAUGAUGUCUACGGUACCUUGGAGGAACUUGAGCUUUUUACGGAUGCUGUGCAAAGGUGGGAUGUGAAUGCAAUAGAUCACUUACCUGAUUACAUGAAGCUAUGCUUCCUUGCUCUUCACCACUCAGUAAAUGAGAUUGCCUUUGAUGUCUUUAAGGAACAGGGGAUCUACAUCCUUAAGUUCCUCAAAAAUACGUGGAUAGGUCUUUGUAAAGCUUAUUUGCAAGAGGCAAAGUGGUAUUACAGCGGGUACAAGCCAAGCCUGGAAGAAUAUAUUGAAAACGCAUGUAUGUCCAUAGCAACGCCUGUCAUACUGGUUCAUGCUUUUGCCACAGCCACUAACCCCAUAACAGAGGAGGCCAUGAAAUCCAUGGAUGAAUACCCAGAGGUUAUCCAUUUGUCAGCAAUGCUCUUGAGACUUGCUGAUGAUCUUGGAACAUCACCUUAUGAAAUGCAAAGAGGUGAUGUUCCCAAAUCGAUCCAAUGUUACAUGAACGAAACUGGAGCUUCUGAAGGUGAAGCCAGGGAACACAUAAAAUUGAUGAUUAGUGAGACAUGGAAGAAGAUGAAUAGAUACAAAAAAGAAAGUGGUGGUUUCUCAAAGAUUUUUAUUGAAAGGGCAAUGCAUCUUGGAAGGACGGCUCAGUAUAUGUAUCUUUAUGGAGAUGGACAUGGUAUUGAGGAGAAGGAAACCAAAGACCGAGUCUUAUCAUUGUUCUUCAAUCCCAUUCCUCUUAAUUAACUAAAUAUUUACACUUUCAGAGAGUAAAUUAUAUAUGCUUUAGAAUAAUUUUUUGUUUUGUUUACUAAUUACUCCAACGAGAAUAAAUAAACAAUAGUUAUUUUAAAUGCUUUUUAUUUCA